AUGCAAAAGGCUAAAGGAUUUUACCGCGAGACUGUACCGGAACUAGAUGACGAAUCUGGAGGUAGAAACCAAGAGGACGAUCGAACUCUAAGCAAUGCUGAAUACGACGAUUUAAUUGAAUUAUUAUGCAAGGAAUUGAUGAAUCCAGGCAACAGUCAGAAUGUUGCCGAAUGUUUUCCAGACAUAUUACUGUUACUUAUAUCAAUGGCCAUUACUUCUGAAAGCUGCCAACUCUCAAGAAGUAAAGAUUGUUAUGAUACCCACAGAUUAAACUGUGUUGUUCUGGGAAAAUUAGUUCACAAGCAUCCUGAUAUUCUUGGUUUCACUUUACAUUACUUUGAAAGUAAUCCAGCACCGUUUGAGACAAUCGCUGUGAACCAAGAAAGAAGUGCAAAAAAGUUUAAGCCAACUAAUCUCGAAAUCAAUAUUCCCCGGGUUUCAGAUUUUGACAUAGUUCUGGCUUCUUAUAGCAUUCUGCAAAGUGCCCCUCAAUAUUUCAAGAGAAAAUGGAACUGGGCAAAAUUUUACAAAUAUCUAAUGAGUGAUGAAGAAAAUACUAAAUGGAUCGCACUCAAGUGUAUCGGAAUUGUCUUAGAAAUGUCUGAGUCUUUAAUUAAACAGUGUGCCAAAACGUUCUUAAAAAAUAUUGAGACAUUCCUUCUGGAAUGUGAUAACGAAUUACUAGAUCCUAUUACAUUGACUCCAACAUCCGUCACGGAAGUAUCUAAUAUUGUCAAAGAUGCAACCUGCAUAGCAUCAAUUGGAGGAAUCUUAUUGCCAGUGUUGAAUCCCAACGAUAAAAGGAAACAUAGCAGUUUAGUAUCCGUACCUUCCAUGGAGGAUAAUCUCAGAAGUAUAGCAUUGGCUGUAGCUUCGAGAAAAUGUAUUUGUCUUCAAGGCCCAGUAGGUUGCGGGAAAACAGUCCUGGUCGAAUAUUUGGCCAAAGUAACAGGACACACAUCGUCGGACUUCAUUAAAGUUCAACUUGGGGAUCAAACAGACUCUAAAAUGCUGCUCGGUACUUACAGAUGUACAGAUAUACCAGGGGAAUUUGUUUGGCAGCCUGGUGUUCUCACACAAGCAGCAACUGCUGGUAAAUGGUUGCUGUUGGAAGACAUUGACAGUGCAGCAUUAGACGUAGCCAGUGUUUUGAACAGCCUAAUAGAAACUGGGACACUUUGCGUGCCUGGACAUCAAGAUGCAAUUCAUGUCAGGAGUGAUUUCCAGUUAUUUCUUACCCAAAGGUUGAUCACCACAUCAACUGGUGUCUGCAAACAAUCAUCAGGGGCUUCGAACCUCCUUGAAAAAAAUUGGCAACAAAUUAACGUCGAACCUUUGUCAAAAACUGAACUCGUUACUAUCAUUCAAACCCUUUUCCCAGUCUUAAGUACAGUAGCUGGCAGAAUGGUAGACGUAUUUUUAUUAUUUUCAAUGGGAAAUCAUCGUUCUGAACUUGGUGCCAAAGAAUCCGUGCCAAUCAGAACUGGUAGACUCACUUCGACCAGAGAUUUAAUUAAAUGGUGCAAUCGAGCUGCUGUCGAUUUCAUUGUUUCGUCACCUGAAUCUGCUCUGAAAGUUUUCCAAGAUGCAAUUGAUAUAUUUUGCUGUUCUGUACCAGAUCAGAGUGAACGAUUGUCUUUGGCUAUAGCAAUUGGAAAUAAGCUUGGAAUAGUGAAAACAAAAGCAGAAUAUUUUUGCAACUCUCAUAAACCAUCCAUCAGCCCAAAUUCCGACUACAUUAUUGCUGGGCGUGCAAAGGUUAUAUGCAAAAAGUCAAUAAUACCAGACUUUCAUCAUGCUAAGACGAAUUUUUCCUUCACCAGACCUUCCAGUUGUUUGCUGGAAAGAAUUACUUGUUGCGUAGCACAAAAGGAGCCUGUGCUUCUCGUAGGAGAAACUGGUACAGGGAAAACAAGCUCAAUACAAUAUUUAGCACAAAGUACAGGACACAAAUUGAUUGUGAUCAAUAUGAAUCAGCAAAGUGAAAGUACCGACCUCUUAGGUGGAUAUAAACCAGUUGAUAUCAAGUUUUUAAUAACACCGAUAAGAGAAGAAUUCGAAAUGCUGUUUCGUUCCUACUUCGCUGUUGAACCCAAUAGACAGUUUCUUGAUCAUAUUUCACUUUGUUUUAAUCAAAACAAAUGGAAAACGUUGGUGAAAUUGAUGACGCACAGUACUUCAGCUGCUAUAAAAAGACUGAAUACGACAAUUGAUGAAAACCAAACCAGUACGACAGAACGGCUGUUGGGAAGAACAGCCGCAACACGCAAUUCUAAGAGGCAAAAAAGUGAAGCCGUUGCAUCAAGGAAAAUUGACUAUAGUUCUGAAGCUAAAAACAGCUUAAAAACAUUGAAGAAGUGGGAAAGGCUUUCCAUAAAAUUGAUGAAAUUGGAAUCUCAGGUGAAGACGCAGUUCUCCCUAGCAUUUGCGUUUAUCGAAGGAAGUUUGAUUAAGGCUCUCCAAAAAGGAUACUGGGUUUUGCUAGACGAAAUAAACUUAGCGAAUGCUGAGACUCUUGAGUGCUUAUCUGGUUUGUUAGAAGGCUCAUGCGGAUCACUGUCUCUCAUCGAACGUGGAGAUAAUGAACAAGUUAAAAGACAUUCAGACUUCACCCUUUUUGCUUGUAUGAAUCCUGCAACAGACGUGGGCAAAAAGGAGCUGCCAGUGGGUCUCCGAAACCGUUUCACUGAGUUGUAUGUCGAUGAACUCACUGAGCAAUUCGAUUUGCAGCUAUUGGUCGAGUGCUAUCUCAAAGAAUUACUUAUUCCUCCAUCACAACAAGAAGCGAUAGUCAAGUUUUACCUGAACGUCAGGAAAGAAGCUGUUCGUUCCCUGGCUGAUGGAACUGCCCGUAAACCACACUACAGUUUGAGAACGCUGUGUCGCGCUUUAAGCGUUGCUGCCUCGAAUCCCUGUGGUUCAGUUUUAAGGUCAUUGUACGAAGCAUUAUGUCUUAGCUUUUUAACCCAGCUAGAUUAUGACUCAUAUCCAAUUGUGCGACAAAUGAUUAUCAAAGCGAUACUAAACCCAAAAGAAGUGAAAGCUAUCUUGAGCAUGCCAAUACCAAAACCAAAAUGUGCGAUAAAUGAAGAUUAUAUGAAUUUUGAAGGCUAUUGGAUUGUUAGAGGGGACUUGAAACCAGAAAUACCUUGCAAUUACAUUUUGACUGAAUCUGUUCGACGAAAUCUUAAAGAUUUGGUACGCAUUGUGUCGAUUGGAAAAAUGCCAGUAUUACUACAGGGUGAUACCUCUGUUGGUAAAACUAGUCUAAUAACUUAUUUAGCCAAAGCAUCUGGGCACACUUGUGUCCGAAUUAACAAUCACGAACAUACAGACUUGCAAGAAUACGUUGGUAGUUACGCUGCUGAUGAGAAUGGAAAACUGAUUUUCAAAGAAGGAGUAUUAGUAGAAGCUCUGCGCAAAGGUUUUUGGAUUAUUCUCGACGAGCUUAAUUUAGCACCCAGUGAUGUUCUUGAAGCUUUGAACAGAGUUUUGGAUGACAAUCGUGAAAUCUUCAUUCCCGAAACACAACAAACUGUUAAAGCGCAUCCGAAUUUCAUGCUAUUUGCAACACAAAAUCCACCUGGUCUCUACGGUGGCCGGAAGGUUUUAUCUAGAGCAUUUCGGAACAGAUUUGUUGAGCUACAUUUUAAUGAUAUACCUCCUAAUGAGUUGCAAAUUAUUUUACACGAAAGAUGCAGUAUGCCUGACUCAUAUUGCAAGCAAAUAAUAAACGUUAUGACAGAUCUACAAAUCCGACGUAAGAGUACUGCAGCUUUUGCAGGCAAACAAGGGUUCAUAACACUCCGAGAUUUAUUCCGUUGGGGUGAACGGUAUAGAUUGGCACCAGAUGUAAAAAAUCGUUUAUAUGAUUGGAGUCAACAUUUGGCAGAUGAGGGGUACCUAGUUCUUGGAGCAAAGGUACGAAAACCUGAAGAAGCCAAUGAAAUUAGAGAAGUUAUAAAGAAGCAUUUGAAGAGAGAUGUUAAUCCAAAUACGCUUUUCACUUUGGACGAAAAUACAUCCUCUGUGACAAAAUUUGUACUCGAUAAAGUAAUCAAUAAGGGUCGUCAAAUGUUUCCACAUAUAGUAUGGACUUACCAUAUGCGCCGACUGGCAGUUUUGGUUGGCAAGGCUUGUCAAUUUAAGGAGCCAGUUCUUUUGGUAGGAGAAACUGGUGGUGGAAAAACUACAAUAUGCCAAGUAAUAGCUGUGGCAAGUUCGCAGAAAUUGUGUACAGUUAAUUGUCACAUGCACACUGAAUCAUCAGACUUUAUCGGAAGCCUCAGACCAGUCAGAAAUCAUAGUGACCUCGAUAAUCUGAAACUUUUUGAAUGGGUUGAUGGUCCACUCAUACAAGCAAUGACGAGCGGUGAUCUGUUUCUAGCAGAUGAAAUUUCAUUGGCAGAUGACAGUGUGCUCGAAAGGUUAAACUCGCUACUAGAACCCGAACGUAGCCUUCUGUUGACUGAGAGAGGUGUGGAUACAGAAAAAGAAGGUCAAAUAGGAGAUCAGGAUAAUCACACUAUUGUUGCUCAUGCAAAUUUUCACUUCAUUGGGACUAUGAACCCAGGUGGUGAUUAUGGAAAGAAAGAAUUAUCGCCGGCAUUGAGAAAUCGUUUUACGGAAAUUUGGUGCGAAGGGUGUUCAGAGAGAAAUGAUUUGCAAGCUAUUAUCGAACACAAUCUAGUCGUCAAUUGGAGUGUUGAAAAGAAUGCAAUUGCUACUGGAAUGCUCGACUUUGUUGAUUGGUUAACAGCUUCGGAAAUCGGAAGGAGAUUCACUGUUAGCAUACGCGACAUUCUUACUUGGGUUGAUUUUAUCAAUGUUUCUACUAACAAGCGAAAUAAAUUGUCAAGAUUGGACAUAGCCGACGCUUAUUACCACGGAGCACUUUUAACUUAUGUCGAUAGUGUUGGGUCAGGCUUGACGGGGAUGGAAAGUACGAGGAAGCUUAAGGACUUCAAAGACAGCUGUCGGCAAUUUUUAAUAGCACAAAUUGCAAACGUACUAAAAUCAAGACUAUCUAUCGACUCGUCUUUGGAAACUGAUGAAAUAGUAGCUGAUAAUAGCGAGAAUGGGUUUGGGAUUAAGCCAUUUUUUAUUCCAAGAGGACCUGCUUCACCAAGCAACGAGUUAUUUACUUUUACUGCUCCGACAACUGGUUUAAACACUGUAAUGUUACUGCGAAGUUUACAGCUGAGUAAACCCCUGCUUUUGGAAGGCAGUCCUGGGGUUGGAAAAACCAGUCUAGUUUCAGCCCUUGCCAACAUUUCGGGACAUAAAUUGGUCCGUAUAAAUUUGAGUGAACAAACUGACGUGUCCGACUUAUUUGGGGCUGACCUACCAGUCGAGGGUGGAAAAGGAGGUGAAUUUGUUUGGAAAGACGGGCCGUUUCUUCAGGCCUUAAGAGCUGGUCACUGGAUAUUGUUAGACGAAUUAAAUUUGGCUUCUCAGUCCGUGCUGGAGGGUCUGAAUGCUUGCUUGGAUCACCGCGGUGAAUUGUAUGUACCGGAAUUAGGAAGGACCUUUAUUGUGAAACCGGGAACUAAGCUAUUUGCUUGCCAAAAUCCUUUGAGACAGGGUGGAGCAAGAAGAGGUCUUCCUAAAUCAUUCCUAAAUCGUUUCACCCAAGUGUUCAUGGAAACUUUGUCAGAUGUAGACCUGAAAUUCAUCGUUGUAGCUCAGUUUCCUAACCUCCCUGUUGAUCUAGUGUCAAAAAUGGUUGAUUUCAAUUCAAAAUUGGCACUAGAAGCUGGUACUGUUUGGGGUUAUCGUGGUUCUCCAUGGGAAAUGAAUCUCAGAGACAUAACUCGAUGGUGCGAGGUGACAAUUCAAUCGGCCAAUGUAAAAAACAGAGAUCACCCUACUUACAAUCCUGGCACGUGUGUAGAUUUAAUCUAUAUAGACAGGAUGCGGACUAGAGAAGAUAAGCUGAGGGUCAGAGACAUGUACAUAGAAAUGUUUUCUCCAAACGAGUAUCCAUUGCCUCCUGUUCAGCCGAUUACGUACAUAACGCAAGACAGAUUCUACCUUGGAGAUGUAUCGCUGAAACGCAGCAGUACUUGUGUACAUGACGAGAAAACUCUGCUGCUUCUGAGAAAUCAAACAGCAACCUUGAAGAGCUUGAUAAGAUGUGUGAAUAUGAAUUGGAUGUCAAUAUUAGUGGGAGGAAGUGGCUGCGGAAAGACCAGUUUGGUGCAACUUCUAGCAAAACUCGCUGGCCAGAAACUCCGAUCUAUAUCCGUCAACUCUGCGAUGGACACAACUGAAUUAUUGGGAGGAUUCGAACAGGUUCUGUAG